CUAAACAUUAUGCGGCUUUUGGCAAAUCUUUCAAUGAUUGCAAAUAAGCGACAAAUGUUGCCAUCGUUUGUGGCCAACACUUCCGCAAUCACCGCAAAUACGAGUCUUCACAACACUAUUGAUGAAUUCAAUGACAAUAAACUGAAGCCAAACUAUGGCAUGAAAUUAGCCGAUCUGUCGGUCCGUAACAACAACUCAGUGCCGCUGCCGACGACUGAGGACUCGAGCGCACCCCUACUCGAGGGCACUGACAGCGCGCCCAACGCUUUCCCACCCGAAACUGGCCAACACUCGGAGACAUAUUAUCCAAUACAAACGUUUGAUAGGUCAUGGGAGGCCCGGUAUACGGGCGAAGGGCGCAAGAGUGUCAAAAUGACAUUUCAGGGACGAGUGUAUAAUUUUCUCGAGAGGCCCACCGGUUGGCGAUUUUUGGUGGUUUUGGUUUGUCUGAUAUUCAGUGUCUUAUCAACUAUUGAACAGUACUCUAACUUUGCGAUGGGAACCCUAUUCUGGAUGAAUUAA